AUGCGUCGGGCAAUACGGAAGUCCAAAACAAAUCGGGCAGCAGAUUUUGAAUACUCAGUGGUUGAAAUAUCUCCUGCACCCAACAAAAAUGGCAGGCGUAAAACCUCUAAAAGCAACCCGUCACACACGGAUAAAGGUGCACAUCAGGCUACCACCGGUAGAUCUCGAAAACAUGGUCUUACCGAUACCUCGAAAAAGCAAACACUAUCAAAUACAGUCAAUGGUGACUCACAUUCAAGCUUUUGUACAUGGUUGUACAAAACCAUAUCUUAUCAUAAGUCGUCAAAACGUCAAAAACAUUCUGUACAAGUGCCAGAUAUAGUCAGUAGUGACUUAUUUCAAUCCUCUGAUUCAGACGCAUCAGCAUCGUCAGAUUCGGACGGCAGUGAUGAUUUACAGUUUCGUGAACCUCACACACCUGCUUCUUCUACAAAAAUUUCAAAUCUUGUUUCACCUAAACUAAAAAGAAAAAUUUGGAAGCAUAAAUUUGUAGAUUUUAAUCAACUGUUAAACACUAACCCAAAUCAUAAUUCAUAUUCACUCCAACUUGAUAGCCAAUCUAACAUCAAUCUAGUGCCCAACAAAAGGCAGAAGGUGCUUUCCAUUGAACUAAGGACCUCGGCUUUCUUACGAUUUGUUGCGGUUUAUUCAGUGAAGUUCCCAUUAGAAACCCCUGCUUUAAUGAAAUGUGGUGAAAUGGUAAGAGAAUUGGCCUCCAUGCGUCCAGGUUCAGCGGCUUGGUCAGAUUAUAAUGUUAAGUUUCGGUCUCUUAGGGAAUCGAAGCAAAUGCCUUGGGACCAGUUACACUAUGAGUACUGGAUCAUGGUCACAACUCCUCCAGCUGUGGGUCGAGCUCUAAUUUUCGUGCAUCCCGGGAAAAUAGUUACCGACCCUCCUUUCGUAAAUACACAUCAUUCAAAUCUAGUCGAAAACAAUCAAUAUACCUCGAAAAUACAUGCUGGCCAUACAAUAAAAGGGGUUUCUGUCACCGCCCCCAAUGCCCCAACCCCCAUGUCUGUGGUUUCUGCCGAGGGGCACAUCUCGCACAAUGAUGUCCCUUCAGCAAUAAAACUGAGAGGUUAA